AUGUCCGAGCAUGAGUUUCCCUUACUAACCUGGGAGGAGGUUCAUCAAAAUUUAGUACUGUCCAGCCGCAGUCGACCAGCUGUGCCGGAUCUCCCGGGCGCUCAAAAAAUCACUUCGCUUCUGUCUGCAUCCUCAUACUUACUCCCAGAACGCUCUAUUAGUCCACAAACGACACCUCACCCUCAGACACAACUUUACGGCGGCCUUCUUCUGAAAGAUCCGCCUGAGCAGCAGCUCGAAGCACCGAAAGAUAAGUCCUCGAAACGAACCAGAUCAAAUAUCGACCCCACGGAUGGCUCGCUUUCAAGAAAACGAGGGCGACCUCGCAAGUCAGCUGGUGAAGGAGAAGAUCCUCAUGAGCUGACGGGACAGCGACGUCGAAUGCAAAUUCGACUAGCACAACGGGCCUAUCGUUCCCGUAAGGAAGCCGGCGUUUCUUCCCUUCAAAGCCGCGUUCUUAAGCUUGAGACUGCAGUGGAGCAGAUCAGCGCAGCUUUUUUGUCAUUUAGCGAUGAGCUGAUCCAAUCCAAGGUGCUGGCAUCCGAUCCUCGGUUGACCGGCCGUUUACGGGACACAGUACAGCUUUGUCUGUCUUUGGCAAAAGGAGCCAACCCGACAGAAGAUCAAAAUAUUGCUGCAAGCUUAUCAUCACCCAGCGAAGGAGGUCACUCAUCUCCAGAGGGAACAGAGCCUCAGUGCAGGCAGACUUCUCUCACAACAUCGCCUCCUUCUUAUAUAGGAUCUAUUGAAAGGGAAGAUUCGGGGACGCUAUACGCAGCCGGAUUCAGGGUAACGGCAGAAGAUCAAUAUUCCCCCGAGGUAACUUCCCUGGAUCUGAGCGCUUUUAUCGAACGACUUCAUUUUGCAUGUCUCUAUGAAGGCUACUCGGCUCUCAGCGAUACCUCUGUUGGCUUGGACAUUUUACAGAGACCUUUUCGAUUUCUCCUUCGCUUGAUGGAUAGGAAGCGCGUAACCUCUUACUUUGAAGCCUGCUUGCAUGCAAAAGCCAGCCAGAAGCGCCUAGAUGAGUGGCAUGAGAUACCCUACUUCAAAAUCGGUGGCGCUGGUACACAUUAUCCUCGCAAGAAACGGGGAAGCUCAACUGAAACUCUGCCGCGAUGGGAGAACAUCCAAGAUCCCACAUCACAGCUACCGCAGGAGGUCCAGCAUGAGCUCGAUGGUGAGUGGUUUGAUAUACAGGACCUAGAGGGAUUUCUCCAGGAAAAAGAAGUGGCAUUUGUUGUGGGUGAUACAAACAACUCCAGUUAUGGGCGAAAGGUGGCGAACGCGGCACGUCUAAUUCAAGGUCAGCAUCCAUUCCGCUCUUUCAUGUUGUCACAGUCUUAA